AUGUACCAGAAACGAUUGAAAAAAGAACGGAAGCAACGACAACAAAUACAAGAACAACUAGAGCUGGAAUUCAAGAGGCGGCAGAAGAUAGAAGAGGCACUCAAACAAUCUGGGGCGCCUUCCGAAAUACUUAGAAUAGUUACUGAGAACCUAACGCCGCAGACGCAAGAGAAUCGGCCGGAGAGAGAGAACGGCACAGAGAGUAAGCCGCCAAGCACUGAACCGCCAACCACCUCACCACCAUUCCAGCGGGAGCCACCAAGAACACCGGACAAACCGCAAUGGAACUAUCCCCCACCACCAGUGGACAUUAUGAGCGGAGGAGCCGCUUUCUGGCAGAAUUACUCUGAAUCCUUGGCUCAGGAGUUAGAAAUGGAGCGCAAAUCACGGCAGCAGGCCCUCGAAAGAGAUGUGAAGAGUCCCUUAUCCGACCGUGCUGCUUACUACAAGAACUCAGUGCUAUUCAGCUCAGCCACUUAG